UCAGGGUCAAGAAGAUGGAGAUAUAGUUGUGGGUUUCUCUCUGAAGAGUCUUCUGAGAUAAUGUUUUCUAUUCUGAAAUGGAAAUGCUCAUGGUCUAUGAUAUCGGCGGUUGCUUCUAUUGUGGGAUUGGUUUCACUAAUGUUGGAUUCAAAAGUUCAUCUCCUCUUCUUUCCAUUAGUUCCUUCUUUCGAGUACUUUAGUCAAACUCAUAACUCUUGUGUCCCAAUCAAUGCUUCCACUGAAGCAAUUACAGAUCAUUUUAGGGGAAAUUUAGAACCUCCUAUUGACUUAGAAAAUCAUUUUCCAGCUGACUUGCACAAGGUAGUUGUUUUUUGUGGAGCACCAUGGAAGGCAGAGAUUGGCCGGUGGCUUGCUGGUUGUGGCUCAAUUUCUAAUAAAGUCAACAUUGUGGAGUUAAUAGGUGGGAGUGGCUGCAAAAAUGACUGCAGUGGUCGAGGUUUUUGUAAUUGUGAAUUGGGACAAUGUCGGUGCUUUCAUGGAUAUAGUGGUCAGUAUAAUUUCAUCUUCUUUCUUUCGGUGUAAUUAAAUUAAUACAAAACUUCAAAUAAUUAGGAGCAAUCAGAAGUGGGUAUGAUGCCCAAUUAGUCAUCUCUGGAAACAAACUGAGUUUAUACCAUAAUGGUAUUAGUUUCUGCUAUGUACUUUUAUAAACAGCCAACUAAUAUGUCAGCUACUCGCCAAUCUUUCUAGCUUCUCCUUGGUUAU